CCGAUGCCAUAAUUAUAUAAACUGAUCACGCAGUUAUAUUAUCGCUGUACAGUCUCUUUACUUCACCGCUGCUCAAAUCGUUCAGUUCUUCUCUGUUUUGCUUGCUUGCUUGCUUGUGUUUAAACUCUGACUAUCAGAGCUAGGCAAGAUGGUGCAGUUAAAAGUAUCAGAUAAUCCAAAGGACCAUCUAGACCAGAAACCGAUCGCAGAAGCACCGAGUACUGUUGUUGUGCUACCGACGGCACCGCCCCGGGCCAAGUCAUCAUGCUGCACUAGGCGAGUCAAGAUCUCGGUGGUUGUCGUGUGUUUCGUUGGUACUCUGGCAAUCCUUGGUUGCCUUGUGGGGUUCCGCUUGUAUCGCCGUUACGGUUGUGACACCAGGCAGCGUAUUGACGAUGGUGGGUUAAUCGACAAGUUGUACGGUGGCGACUGGGCUGACGGCUUGGACGGAGACCACGAUUUCGGCAUGAGCCCCGACGACCAGCGUGACGGUCGCCACCACCCAGACGGCGAUAUGGAUCGGGAUGGCCACGACCAAGAUGGCAGCCGCCGCGGCGGUCAUGGUGGUGGCCAUAGUGGCGGCCAUAGUGGCGGCCAUAGUGGCGGCCAAAGUGGCGGCCCUGAUGGCGACCAUGAUGGUGGUCGACGAGGCGGUGACCACGACGGUAGUCAUCACGACGGAGGUCCACCUCCCCCCGCUCCACCAUCAUAUUAGAGCGCCUUCUAGAGUUCAGCCACUGAUGGUUCACUGAAGUGGCAACCUGUCGGAUAACGUGCUCUUCACAAUCAUGUCGGCAAUUUAACUGGGGUUCCUUGCUGAAUUUUAGCAUGGUUUUAGCAGUGUUUCGCUUUUGCAAGAAAACCUGGACAGUGGAAACAGUAAUUUGUUGUCUUUUCACACGGUGUACAUUUUGGAUUUUUUUUCACAAUCAUCCUACCAUUUACCAAGGGACCUUUGCAAAAUUGCUCUCGUGUGAAAGGGGCUUUAGAACAACAAAAUGCAUUGGAAUUGACCGAGGCUGGUAUUGGAAACUCAUGACAUGCGCUCUCCAGUUGUUCGGGGAUAUGUUUUUACUGUUGUAAAUAGUCUUAUUGUUGCAAGGAAUAGUAGAUAUAAUUGAUACGAGAUCAAAUCAAUUACAUUGACCACAAAGGUAUUCAAUUAAAUUUUAGACAACAAGUAAUCAUAUUUUAUUACCAAAUAAACAAAUUUUAAAAGCAGUCAGCGAACAAACAACGUGCCUGGAAACUGACUUCAUAGUUUCUAUUCGGAUGCAACACAUUGCUUGUAUUAAAAUCUUUGCUUUUUGUAAAAUUGUUAACUUGUCCUGUCCGCAUGUUGGAAUAACCUUUUGAAGAAAAGAAUUUGCUUUGAGAUUAUUGUUCCAUCAAACGUAAUGCAUGCAUCGUGUGCUUCUGUGUACACGGACUAAUUUGGGCAGGUAGAAUGAACGAAAUAUAAAGCUCUUGAUAAUCAAUUACUAUUCAUGCAAGCCCCGCCCUCUACAACCACGUGUGCUAACGUGCACGUAACCAUGGCUGUGAUUGGUCAGUUUCAUCCAGAAGUAAGUGCAAGCCCCGCCCACUACACUCACACGUGUUCACGUGCAAAUAAUCAAGGCCCUGAUUGGUCAACUCAUCCAGAAGUUAGAACGUAGCAAUAUAGGUUCAUUACAAAUUGUGCACGCUCCAACACUGCUUAUUAUUCUUAAAAACUUAGAUAAUAAAAAUGUUUGCUCUAAAAUCCCUU